GCCGCAGCCCCAGUGGCCACCGCCACCUCCCCCAAUCCCCAUCCCCAUUGUCUCCCACUCCACCCAGCCCUCCACCUCCCCCACAACCAUGGCGCACGAAGCCGGGAGAAGCUCCCUUCUCAGGGGGCCCUGCGGGGAGCCGGCGGAGCCCGGAGGUGAUGCUAGCGAGGAGGACCACCCCCAAGUCUGUGCCAAGUGCUGCGCACAAUUCACUAACCCGACUGAAUUCCUCGCUCACCAGAAUGCAUGUUCUACUGAACCCCCUGUAAUGGUGAUCAUCGGAGGCCAGGAGAACCCCAACAACUCUUCUGAACCCCGGCCUGAGGGCCACAAUAGUCCCCAGGUCAUGGAGGUGGAGCACAGCAACCCCCCGGAUCCUGGGUCCUCUGUGCCCACAGAUCCCACCUGGGGGGCAGAGAGGAGAGGAGAGGAGUCUGCAGGGCAUUUCCUAGUCGCUGGCACAGGUACAGCAGCCGGGGGAGGAGGAGGCCUGAUCCUGGCCAGUCCCAAGCUGGGAGCAACCCCAUUACCUCCAGAGUCCACCCCUGUGCCACCUCCUCCACCUCCACCGCCCCCACCGCAGCCCCCAGGCGUGGGCAGUGGCCACUUGAACAUCCCUCUGAUCCUGGAGGAGCUGCGAGUGCUGCAGCAGCGCCAGAUCCACCAGAUGCAGAUGACCGAGCAGAUCUGCAGGCAGGUACUCCUGCUCGGCUCCCUAGGCCAGACGGUGGGCGCCCCUGGCAGUCCCUCAGAGUUACCUGGGACAGGGACUGCCACCUCCACCAAGCCCCUGCUUCCACUCUUCAGCCCCAUCAAGCCUGUCCAAACUAGCAAGACACUGGCAUCUUCCUCCUCCACCUCCUCCUCCUCAGGGGCAGAAACGCCCAAACAGGCUUUCUUCCACCUUUACCAUCCGCUGGGGUCACAGCACCCUUUUUCUGCUGGAGGGGUUGGGCGAAGCCACAAACCCCCACCUGCCCCCUCCCCAGCCCUGCCAGGCAGCACAGAUCAGCUGAUUGCCUCGCCUCAUCUGGCAUUCCCAGGCACCACGGGAUUACUGGCAGCACAGUGUCUUGGGGCAGCCCGAGGCCUGGAGGCCACCGCCUCCCCAGGGCUCCUGAAGCCAAAGAACGGAAGUGGUGAGCUGGGCUAUGGGGAAGUGAUGGGUCCCUUGGAGAAGCCUGGUGGACGGCACAAAUGCCGCUUUUGUGCCAAAGUAUUUGGCAGUGACAGCGCCCUGCAGAUCCACCUGCGCUCACACACAGGUGAGAGGCCCUAUAAGUGUAAUGUCUGUGGCAACCGCUUUACCACCCGGGGCAACCUCAAAGUGCAUUUUCACCGGCAUCGUGAGAAGUACCCGCACGUGCAGAUGAACCCUCACCCAGUGCCAGAGCACCUAGACUACGUCAUCACCAGCAGCGGCCUGCCCUACGGUAUGUCUGUGCCACCAGAGAAGGCUGAGGAGGAGGCAGCCCUGCCAGGUGGAGGUGUGGAACGCAAGCCUCUGGUGGCCUCUACCACAGCACUCAGUGCCACGGAGAGCCUGACGCUGCUCUCCACCGGAGCAGGCACAGCUGCGGCUCCUGCACUCCCCGCUUUCAAUAAGUUUGUGCUCAUGAAAGCGGUAGAGCCAAAGAGUAAAGCUGAUGAGAAUACUCCUCCAGGGACUGAGGCCUCCGCCAUUGCAGGGGUGACAGAAAGUGGCACAGCAACUCGCAUGCAGCUAAGUAAGUUGGUGACUUCACUUCCCAGCUGGGCACUGCUUACCAACCACUUUAAGUCCACGGGGAGCUUCCCCUUCCCCUAUGUGCUCGAGCCCUUGGGGGCCUCACCCUCUGAGACAUCGAAGCUGCAGCAACUGGUAGAAAAGAUUGACCGACAGGGAGCCGUAGCAGUGGCCUCCACCGCCUCAGGAGCCGCCACCACCUCUGCCCCUGCAGCUUCAUCUUCAGCUUCAUCCGGACCUAACCAGUGCGUCAUCUGCCUCCGGGUGCUGAGCUGUCCUCGAGCACUGCGCCUGCAUUAUGGUCAACAUGGAGGUGAGCGGCCCUUCAAAUGCAAAGUGUGUGGCAGAGCUUUUUCCACCCGGGGCAAUCUGCGUGCACAUUUCGUGGGCCACAAGGCCAGCCCAGCUGCUCGGGCCCAGAAUUCCUGCCCCAUCUGCCAGAAGAAGUUCACCAAUGCAGUUUCUCUGCAGCAGCAUGUUCGGAUGCACCUGGGGGGCCAAAUCCCCAAUGGUAGCAACCCGCUCCCUGAAGGUGGGGGAGCUGCCCAAGAGAAUGGCUCUGAGCAAUCUACAGUCUCUGGGGCAGGGAGCUUCCCCCAGCAACCAUCUCAGCAACCAUCCCCAGAAGAGGAGUUGUCUGAAGAGGAGGAAGAGGACGAGGAAGAGGAGGAAGAUGUGACUGAUGAAGAUUCUCUGGCAGGAAGAGGCUCAGAGAGUGGAGGUGAGAAAGCGAUAUCAGUGCGAGGUGAUUCUGAAGAGGCAUCUGGAGCAGAGGAGGAAGUGGGCAUGGUGGUGGCAGCAGCCACAGCUGGGAAGGAGAUGGACAGCAGUGAGAAAGCAAUUCAACCUCCUUCGCUGCCACCGCCACCACCAUCAGACAGCCUGGAUCAAACACAGCCGAGGGAGCAGGGAGGCAGUGAGGUUGCAGAAGUCACCGAAGAGGGGGGCAAACCAGAGAGGAGCUCAAGCCCGAAGGCAGCACUCGCUCUCGAAGGGGAAGGCAGUAGCACCACCUUGGUGGAGGAGCUGAGCAUGCAGGAAGUGAUGAGAAAGGAGCCAGGAGAGAGCAGCAGCAGAAAGGCCUGUGAGGUGUGUGGCCAGACCUUUCCCACCCAGGCAGCCCUGGAGGAGCAUCAGAAGACCCACCCCAAGGAGGGGCCACUCCUCACUUGUAUUUUCUGCAGACAGGGCUUUCUCGAGCGGGCUACCCUCAAGAAGCAUAUGCUGCUGGCUCACCACCAGGUACAGCCCUUUGCCCCUCAUGGCCCUCAGAAUAUUGCUGCUCUUUCCUUGGUCCCAGGCUGUUCUCCCUCCAUCACUUCCCCAGGGCUCUCCCCCUUUCCCAGAAAAGAUGACCCUACGAUCCCAUGAGCCUUUUUUUUUUUUUUUUUGUACCUGCUACCCUUUGACCUAGUUUGCAGAAACUGAGAGCUCUGUAGAAGGACCUCUAAGAUUUAAGAGGCUUCAUUUGUCUUUUUCUCUAAUUUCUUACAUAGUAUGUCCCAAGUGGUUUUUCUCUAGUCCCCCAGCUUGGAAAUCAUGCUCACAGGAGGAUGACCCCCCCUGAGGAAUUUUUCUUCUCCAUUCAUUGUACCUGAGGGAAAUAGAUUCUCUACAGCUUUCACAUUCCCAAGGGAAACCCUUCCCAGCUUCCCUGGGGUGACCCUUCUCCCCUCCCCUCUCUUCCACUCCCUUUCCCUUUGGCAGGUGCACCUGAGCACCCACAUUUGGAAUUGCAGCCCAGCCCAAAGGGACCAGCAGCUGUCCCUGAAGGGCUCAGUGCCACUCCUCUCUGGUGACCAGGUCAACCUGCAGGGCUUCUUCU